UACGGUCGGUAUACGUCACAAGUUCGACAUGAAACACAUCAUACUCACCAAGGAGGAGACGUGGGACUUUCGCGGACGUACCGUCGUCGUCGAGUUUAAGGCAGAAUAUCCCAACGAUCGAUGCACGUGUCGAAAUAUCGAGAGGUUGAGAGUCAUGCACGCCGUCGAUCCCGAUCAAGAUCGUAAUCCAUUCUACACAUUCAGUACCAUCAACGACGUCAUCUAUCCAGGCGGUGCGAGUCUGAAACACUAUGCCGAAGCCGUGGGUCCGGUAAGUUGCAAUACGAUGGCAUACGGCAUCUGCUCUCAACAGCACGGCAACUUCGACUUUGCCGAACAGGUCGGUUUCUCCUAUUGGGACUCGUCUCCUAACGCAUACUUGUUCGACCCCAAUGGGUCUUACGGCGACCUGACGCUUCACUACAGACACAUCAGGAAUUCUCUCAAAUGUGACAAGAGUGCUAGUUUCAGGUUCGUGGUGACAUGGGGAGCCAACGCAGAAGAAGCGAGAAAGAACUACCAGGGAGCUUACAAGAAACUCUGUCGGUGUUCAUUCAUUCCUUUCCCAAGUUACCGAUACACGCCACGUCCGUGCAAGAACAUCUGCCCGUGUGACUGUGAUGAAGAUCGAUGCGCUUGCAACAACAAGAUUAAGAAAAGCAAUUUCAAGUUUCCGACCAUUUACGCGUGGCUCAAGUACUACACUCGUCACAUCAGAGGACGUGAUAUCGGCUUCACAGACGCACCAACUGACUUUCCGGACACACCAGCCCCUGACACACCUCCUCUACCAACAGUUCCUGCUGUCGUGACUGAUACAGAACUAGGGCUUGCCGGUCUUGCCUCGGCCGCCGACAGAUUCAGCAAGUUGGGUGGAAUGCCAACGUUCGAAUUGGACGAGGAGCUGUCUUUCGUGCGAAUACUAGACGAUCUACCGGUUGUAUGCCCCCAUAUGGGUGCGACCAGCAAGAGAUUCUUGUCUGCAGUCAACACGACAAACAUACGAGAGGUUUACGAUGAGUACACUGCCAAAUGUAAAUGACGAGCGAACUAGAGAUGAAAACUUCGCACACAAAGCGACGUAGUUGUAUCUAUCUAUUGCGCAUAGUAAUGUCGGCUGCAUGAUGAACUCUCUAUCUUCUAGUGUCUGCUGAUGUAUCGAUGGUGCUGUGUUGUUUGCUGUUUAGUACAUGUCAAUAAAGAUAGAACAAUUGGUA